AAAAGCAAAGACAAAAAAUGGGAGAAAAGACAAAUUUCUUCCCACAAAACGCUCACAGAUCUUUUGCCAUUAUUACUUUUGCUGACUCUUUUCACCGAUCGAGUUCCUCUCUUGCUCCUAACAUAAUUCCUCGGUUUCAUCGGAGCAGAGAUCGAAUUCUCCCCAAAUCCUCAGCUCGCGUAGUCUCUCACAGCCAAAUUGUUGCUCGUACGUGAAUCCGUUUGUUUGAGCUGAAUCUCCUUUCUGCAUCAUCAUAUCAAAUCCCCUUUCGAUCUUCAUCUUCCUGAAUCCGUUUGUUUGAGCUGAAUCCCCUUUCUGCAUCAUCUAAUCCCCUUUCAGCAUCUUCUUGGGCAUCAUACUGUUCUUGUCCAUGGCUGCGCCUGCUGAGAGGAGAUCGGAGCCGGACUGGAGCUCGGGCCUCCCACGGAAGCUGCUCGAGUUCAUCGCCAAGAAGCUGCCGUCCGGGCGCGACGCCGCCUCCUUCCGCCUGGUCUGCUCGCCGUGGUGCGCCGCGCUGCCGCUGGAGACGUUCUACCCGAUGCUGAUGCUCCCCUUCGAUCCGGACUCACCGGACGGCGACGCCGCCGUGGUCACCUUCUACUGCGCCAUGGACGACGACGACGAGGCCACCAUCGACCUGCGCCUCCCCGAGGUACGCGGCAAGGUCGCCUGCGGCAUGUCCCACGGGUGGCUGGCGCUCAUGGACGGCGCCGCGGCCGUCACGCUGCUGAACCCGUUCACCGGCGCCGCCGUCGCGCUCCCGCCGGCCGACAGGAACGUCGCCAUGGCGUCCUACAAGACGGUGUCCAUGGUCGACGGGGCGUGGAUUCUGCACUACAUUUCUGGUGCCACCAAGCCCAUCAAGUUGAGCAACAUGAGGGAUGUCUUCUUCCGUGAGAUCGUGUUGUCUGCGUCGCCAAGGAACUCCAGAGGUGUCGAUUGCAUGGCCAUGGCCGUGCUCGCGAGCUCGACGUUGGUCGCCUUCUGCCGGCUCGGGGACGCCAGAUGGACACUGGUAGAUUCGAAGCUCGAGUACCCAGUGACGUGUGUGGUGCACUGCCGGGACAGGUUUGUCGCGAUUGGCUCCCUCGGAGAGAUCUCAAUCUUUAGCGUCGAUAACACUGAUGGUGUAGCUCCUCUCACGGCGAGCCUGUUGCUCUUGAUGCCUCCGCCGGCACAUAUCUGCCAGCGUAGCUACAUGGACAUAAAUGGCGAGUUGUACCUCGUCGGCGCCAUUUUACGGGUCACUACCUGGACAAGGUAUGAGAUAGUGGUCUACAAGUGUAACCUCCUCGAUGAGAAUCCGUUGUGGUCCAAGGUUGAAGAUUCCGAGGACAUUGCAUUUUUCGUGUCGAAGUACUUCAACACUGGUUUUGGUGUAGCAAGCACCUCCAACAUUAGAUGGAGCUGUGUUUACUUAUCUGAACCGAGGUUCUGUACUCAUGAAGAUCAAAAAUGCACAGUUGAUAGUUAUCUGGAAAUGGUCGAUAUUAACACUAAUGAAUCAGCAUUGCAAGCUUACCGCCCCAGUAUUCAGGGUUUAGGGGCUCUAUGCUGGAUUCGUCCGAAUCUCUGGAGUUGAGGUGAGUGAUGCUGAAAACAGCGAAAGAUCAGAAGAGAAGCAUGCAUUCGCAGUCUGAGACAGAGCACAAUGAAAGUCCAGGACUGAAAUUAUGCAAUCCAAGGGUAGAUCAUCGCUGCUUCAUCCAAGGCUCGGUUUGGAGGGCUCAGUUUCUUUUAAUCGCACAUUUCGUAAUCCCUUUUAAUAAACCAAACUUUUCCUUUUUGUCAUCAUGAGAGGAGUAUCCUUGAUAGACAAAUGGUGAUUUUCAAGCAUGCCUGUAAACAUUUCCAGGGUCUAUUUAAUUUUGGUGCCAAUAGGAUUUGUAAAUUUUGAAGAUUGCUAUACAACUUCUUUCAGCAGGAUUUUGCUGCUAG